AUUCCUCAAGAGCUGCGUGAUUUCGAAGAACGACGACGAGAAAGUUUGGUCAAUGAACUUUUUCGGUUCCUCCUUCAUCUAGCAUAUUCUGUUUUGUUUCCUCUCUUUCUCUCUUUCUCAGGCAAAUCUACCAAGAAUUCUUCGCUGGGUCUUGGCUUAAGAGUUAACCAAAAAGAUGCUAUGGUCAAGCCAGAGCCUAUUAGACAUAUCAUGACCGAUCGAGAAAAGCAUAAUUUGAGCACAAAAUUAGAGUCUUUAUUGGGAGAAUUGCCUGAAAACAUUUUUGACUUUCUUAAAGAGCAGAGUUCUAGUGAUGGUCAAAUGGGUGAGGAUGAGAUUGAGAUCGAUAUUGAUGCUCUAAGUCAUGAAACAUUGUACAAAUUAGGUAAACUUUUGGAUGACUAUUUGCUGAAGAAGCAGAAAAACCAGGCAAAAGCUGAAUCCUGCGAAAUAGAGCUUCUUAAUGAGUCAGGGUUUAGCAAUUCAUCAAUGCAGCCGUGUAAAGGUAAUGAUCAAAUUGAUGAGGUCGUAGAUAUAGUUGGUAGCAGUUACCCUCCAGUAGCAAUAGAGAAGGAGUUAACCCAUAGAAAUAGCAGAUGUUGUAGUUCCAGUGGAUCCAGUGGUGAAUCAGGCUCUUCUUCUAGUGCUAGUACCAAGGGAGCCGCCAUUUUUAGUGGAGCUGAUCGUAGUGUAACAGAGAAAAUGUAUGAAUAUGGAAAGAAUCUUGGCCUAUCAUUCCAAGUUGUUGAUGACAUAUUGGAUUUUACACAAUCAGCAGAACAACUGGGGAAGCCAGCUAGUAGUGAUCUAGCUAAAGGCAACCUCACAGCACUUGUAAUUUUUACGCUCGAAAAGGAGCCAAAACUUAGAGAUAUCAUUGAAUCUGAUUCUGCGAGACUGGUUCCCUUGAAGAAGCAAUCGAACUAGUAAAGCAAUACGGGGGAAUCGAAAGGGCACAAGAGUUCGCAAAAGAGAAAGCUGAUAUUGCAAUCAAGAGUCUCCAAUGUCUUCUUCAAAGCGAUUUCUGGUUAGGGCUUGAAGAUAUGGUGAUGUUUAAUCUAGAAAGGAUUGAUUAGUUUAACUAAUCCAAAACAAGCAACAUGAUACAUGACAGAUAAAUAUUGCAUGAAGUUGAAGCCUGUACCAAUAUAGAACAGCUUCUUAGGAUAUUAAUUGGUUCCUUGUCACUGGUUGUAUAUUCAUACAAGGCUUUGAGCUUUGACUUGAGCUCCUAGUUUCAAUGUCUUCAAAUUAUAAAUUUGUCUGAGAAAAAAUAAUUUCUCUGUUAAAUUAAAUUGAUGAACAAUAAAGUCUUUGUGGUCAUCAAUAUUAAGCUAAUAAACUUCUAUUAUGUAUAUAAGGAAACCUAUGUUAUAGGGGUUUCUCUUUUUCUUCUUAAAA